CAGGGGGUGCAUGAGUAGCACCGCCCAGGUCAGGGCAUCAGCACUGCCCGGUCAAGGCUCUCGCACUGCCCAGGUCAGGGCCCCAGGUCAGGGCACCCUGCACACACUGCCCAGUCAGGGCACAGCACGGCCCGGGCUGAAGCCCAAGACCGCCACAGCCAGCACCGCACAGGGA